CAGCGCUGUUCUCCCAGAUCUCCAAGACCAGCAGAUAGUUCGCCGCCAAGGAGAGGAGGAGAUUGUGGCUGCGCUUACUUGUCGCAACCCUAACCGCCGGCCUCCCGGCGUCGUCUUCGAUCCCCAAUGAGCAAAUCCCUUAUUUAUUGGAGUAAAUUGCUGGUAACUGAACCAUGGGCGAGUGAGACCAUGACUGCGAAGGAAGUUUGCUGGAAUCACGUUUUAUUGGCAAAGACAAAAUUAAAAAGCUGAGAAGUAUCAAAUGGUUCCAGAUCUAGCAAUCUUAAUGUUUGCAUCUGAUUCCUGCCAAGUCUAUGCCAGCUCUGGGGGUCAAAGUGAAAAUUUGCUUAAGCUAAAAGAUAUAGCCAUAGAAGCGUUUAUUGGUGACAACAACUUAGCUCGUGAAACAAAAAUAAGAGUUUUGGAGAUUUUGGUGGAAGGACAUGCUCACAAAUCUUCAUGCCAAUGUUCUUUUUCAUGUAUGUGUUCAAACAGCCUUCACGGACUCCUUCAUGUUGUGCAGAACCGUUGUAAAUGGAGGGACGAAAAACGCACAAAGAUGUGUGAGCUAACUACAUUGAUUUUGGUUAACAUAAUGUCUACUGAUUUAGAUCGAAAGGAGCUUGUGAGUUUGUUGUUCCAUGCAGCAAGACAUGGAAGCAUCGAGUUUGUGAACCAAAUCGAUCAAUUGGACCCGAAUUUGAUUUUUGAGGUUGACAGUAAAAAUCAAAGUAUCAUUCAUAUUGUUGCCAAAUAUAGACAAGAAAAAAUCUUCAUGAUGAACAAACUCAGGUCUCAUAGGACAAUCCUAGCCUCCAAAAUUGGCCCUCAAAUGAACAACAUACUCCAUACAGUUGCAGAAACAGUUCCUGAAAUGGCAUUAAGUCUAGAGUCCGGUGCUAUUUCUGCAACUGUAUGGAGUAUGUUGUUCAUUUGAUGACACCCUGCACAAGGUUCUCGACAUGGUCGGAGUUCUUCUUGUGCUGGGACAUGAGCUUGGCAUAGAGGAGGAGC